GAAAAAAACUUUUGGCCUUUUUGAACUUUUGACGAGACCAUUCUCCUUGUAAACCUACCCAAAAGCCUUAUCCCUGUCCCCAAAUUGUCCCCCCUCUCUCUCCCUCCCUCCUCUCUUCUGCUGGAGCUCACAAUCGCCAGGGGAGAAAGCCACGAAGAUAUAUAAGAACAAAGCUGAUGCUCAGCGUCUAGUCAGCCGGUCACUUGAUAAUUAGGCUGAAAUAAACCGAUCUGAUCUCGUUUUGUUUUUGAGAGAAGAAAGAAGAGAGAGAGAGAGAGAGAGAGAGAAAUGGAUUCUCUGGCUGUUCUCGGAAGAGGUCCCUGUCUUCUGUUGUCGAAGCCGCCCGCAGCGGCACGAAAAGACGGCCUCUCCGUCUGCUAUUCCAUAUCCCUUGGCUCGAACCUUGCAGCGUUCGGACCAUCUCCUUUCCUCUCCCUUCCGAGAAGCCCAAGCCGCGGCAGGCUCCGUGUUCGGAAGCCCAGCACGAGAACCACCCGUAUCUUCCUCCCUCACCUCGUCGCUGCCAUGGAGGAGGUUGAGGAGACUUACAUCAUGGUGAAGCCUGAUGGCGUCCAACGGGGUCUGGUUGGAGAGAUUAUUUCUCGUUUUGAGAAGAAGGGAUUUUUGCUGAAGGGUUUGAAGCUUUUUCAGUGCCCCAAGGAGUUAGCUGAGGAGCAUUAUAAAGACCUCAAGGGCAAAUCUUUCUAUCCUAAGCUGAUAGACUACAUUACAUCAGGUCCAGUUGUUUCUAUGGCUUGGGAGGGUGUCGGCGUUGUUGCAUCAGCCCGUAAGCUUAUAGGAGCUACAAAUCCUCUUCAAGCUGAACCAGGAACUAUUCGGGGAGAUCUUGCUGUUCAAACGGGAAGAAACGUUGUUCAUGGAAGUGAUAGCCCUGAGAAUGGCAAACGCGAAGUUGCUCUCUGGUUCAAGGAAGGAGAACUAUGUGAGUGGAUACCAGCUCAAGCACCUUGGCUUAGAGAGUAAAUUUAAGAAUAAUUUACUCCAAAGCCAUUUCUGAGGUUCAACAUUUCGUCUUUUCUUCUAGCUCCAUUUUUCGCAAAUUGUUGCUUCUUGUGGUUGAUAGUGCAGGUUACUAAGAGGGUUGUAACAACCUCAUUGAGAUGCGAAGGAUAAUUACACAAUAAAUUUUAAUUUCCUUUCCUUCUCCUGCGGUAGAAGAUUAGGUAGAAUUGGGGCAGUCAAAAUUUUGAUUUACCCAGUGCAUCAGAUGUUUGUUUGAAUUUGUCCCUGAAUUAUUGUACUUUGAUUCUUUAUAAGUAAUUGAUCCAAGUUUCUCCUUUGUUGGAUACA